AUGUGCAGGGAGGUGGAGGAGGUGCCACAGCAGAGGGAGAAGUGCCCCUCCCCACAUGUACCUCUGUGGGUCUGGUGGUCAGGAGCAUGGGGUGAAAACAGCCAGACUGUGGCAGGGGGCAGAUCUCUCCUUCUCUGCCCACACCCCCCACCUGGGCAGCGGGAGCAGCCCAGCACAUCCCUGACCAGCAACCAAAACCCCAGCAGGGACAGACACUUCAAGGGUCACAGCCCUGUGGGCAACCUCACAGCCACAGCCCUGCCAGAGGCAGGGUUCAGAGCCCUGGACUCCAGGACUGGGCAUACACUCGAACCUUCAGGAGUGGCUACUCCGGGCAGACCAGCCCCCGCCCACCCAAUCAGGCCCCCCUGCGGGUCCCCCUCAGCCCAAGGCCACCGGCAGAAGCCAGGCACCAGGUCAGGGAAAGAGCCUGCCAGCUCCCGAGCAGCUUUGCCCCUGGCAGCCAACUGGCUGCCCCUCUGCCCUUGGGUCCUGCUGACCGCCAGGGCAUCAGGCACUCCCAACUGCUGUGCCCGCUGCCUCUGGCCGGGAGGCGCCGCACCGGACUGCCGGCGUCCCCACCUGCCCGCCCCCCAAGGCUCUGGCUGCCGCGCCCGGCGUCCCGGCUCCCCGCUCACCUCGGUGGCGGUGGCGCUGUCUCCGCACCAGAGGCACUGCAGUGUGGGAACUGUCCCGAGGAGCCAGUUCUCCGCUGAAACAAAGAGCAGAGACACAAGAACCAAGGUUCCCAUCCAGCCCCAGGAGCCCAGAGAUUCAAAUGAGCCAACCAUCUGGAAGCCCCCAGAAGGACCAAAGCAGGGGCCAGCUGGGAAGGACCCUGCUUUCAAUGCCUCCUUCAUAUCUGCCAGUUCCAGGUGUGGAUGGCGAGGCUCAAGUGAGGCGACGGCUGUUUGCUGUAAUUGCAUUUUCGCUGCAGCAGCGGUGGCGGUGGUAACUGUGGUGGCAAAGGCGGUGGCUUCCUCUGAGGCCUGGAAGCCCGCCAGGGAGGUCGGGGAGGGGUCUGGAGCCAAGCAGGCCUGGACCACCCACAGAGAGCUGUAUAGCCAGAGGUUCCAGGUGCGUGGCUCUGAGACCCUCUCUUUGCGGUUCAAGGCAGGAGUGGGGUCACACAAGUCUGGGGUCUCUGCAGGGGACCUGCUGGCCUCAUCAGUCUCCUGCCCCAGACGUCUCCCCAAACCCACUUCCUGCCGCAGCUUCAGGACUCACCUGUGUAGGACAGCCCUCCCAGCCUUGGUUGAUGAGGGAACAUGGGGCAAGCUGAGGGCAAAUACAGGCUGACAGCACGCUGCCCCCCACCCCGGCCCCCUCUACCGGGGGGAAUAUGUGUGAUAUUCCUCGGACACU